AUGGUGUGGCUUUACAACUUGCACCCGUUCGGGUCGCAGAGAGUAGUGCCCUGCAAGCAGGAGCCGGCGCAGUUCUGCCGCGGCCGCGACGUGCUGUUCGCGGCCAGCGCGGCGGCCAGCUGCGGGGCGGAGGUGUUCGCCGUACGCCGCGAGGGCCGCUGCGAGCCCUUGGGCUCCUUCGCCACCCUGGGCCCCGUGCUGCGCAUGGCGCACAGCCGCGCAGGAGACUAUUUGGUGACGAUUGAAGAGAAAAGCAAAGCAACUUUCCUAAGAGCUUAUGUGAACUGGCGAUGCAUGUCUGCAGGCAGUUCUCGUGUUUGUGUCCGGAUGGUGGGUCACAAGAUGGAGGAGUCGUACACCGAAACCUUAAAAGAGCAGAUGUCGAUAGUGGAAAUGGCACUUUCAGAUCCUCCGCUGUGUAUUUCAUGUUGUCCUGUAAAUGGAGAUCUUCUUGUGGGCUGCAGGAAUAAGCUAGUCAUGUUCUGUUUGAAAUACCUGGUCAUAAACCAGAAUUUGACAGUAUUGGACUUUGAACGCUCCUUAAUUUUACACACUGAUAACUUCAUUCCUGCCGAAGUUGCAUUUUGCGCUAGGCACAUAGCGAUAACAACAGAGUUGGAUGUUCUAAUCCUGAAACUGGACCUGGUCCAGCAUAGUGCAGACAGGGGAGAGCAAUGCGCAUAUGAAGUUAGUACAACAGAAAAGCUGGUGGAUGGAGGUAUAAAAGAUGAAGACCUUGCAGCUCAUAGUUUGCAGCUUGAAAUAGAUGAGUUUGUCAUAUGUCGGAAGCCAGUGGAACUGCUUGGGGAAGAAAGCGUUUUACACCAGACCAGUCCCCUUUUGGCUUUUGUGAAGAGACGAAGCUGCACUCUGUUCAGUUCCUCCCUGUUUACCAGAAAGCGUAAGUUCAAAAUUCUAAGAAGAUUUUCAGCGCAUAUAUAAACUAAUGUCUUGUAACGUAACGAACGGAGUGAACUUGA